AUGGGCCCGGCAUACACGCGGACGCUUCGGACAUUACCACAGUUCUCUCUCGAAGAUAAAACCUGUGUCGUGACCGGUUCUGCAAGAGGCCUGGGUAAGGAGUUCCUCACUGCAUUUGCUCUGUCUGGCGCUCGGGGAGCUUGUGUCGACCUGUCUCUCCAGGACUGUGAAGCCUCUAUCUCUUCGGUAGCUUCGCACGUCCAGUCGGCGUAUCCGAACGACCCUGCCCCGCAACUGCGAGCAUACGAAUGCAAUGCCACGAUCGAAUCCGACGUCACGUCAACAUGGGCUCGAAUCGUGAAGGACUUUGGCAAGGUCGACGUCCUUGUGACAGCGGCGGGGAUUGUCGACAAUGUCGAGGCCGAGAAUUACGACUACGCGCGAUGGCGGAAGAUGCUAGAUGUGAACCUGGAUGGGACGUGGCUGUUUGCACGCGAGGCAGGCCGACACAUGCUCAAGCACAACAUCCAGGGGUCCAUCAUCCUGAUUGCUAGCAUGUCAGCCACCAUCUGUGUCCGGCCGCAGAAACAGGCUGCUUACAACGCCUCGAAAGGUGCUGUGCAGAUGCUGGCCAAGAGUCUGGCUACCGAGUGGGCUCCAAGGGGCAUCAGAGUGAACAGCCUCAGUCCUGGAUACAUGAUGACGGAUCUGAUCAAGGGCCUGUUGGAGCAUGAAGGUAAAGGGCUGGUCGGGGCGUGGGAGAAGGAUAUUCCAAUGGGGAGGAUGGCAGAGCCACACGAGUUACGAGGCACGAUUGUCUGGAUGGCUUCGGACGCGUCCAGCUAUUUGAAUGGAAGUGAUGUGAUUGUCGACGGAGGUUAUACUUGCUGGUAG